CAAUACUUAAAGUUAUCCCACCUGAUUUCGGCCAAAAAUUUUGAUUAUUUUCUCAAGUCAUGUUUGAGACACAUUUGACCGUACUUUUCCACUGUCUCAUCUUGGCGUUUAUUUCAGCGGCUAGGAAAGAGAAAUACAUUGUGUGCCCGCCAAAAGUCGGUUGCAUUAGGGGCACUACAAUGAGUGGCUAUCAAAAAGGACCAUUUGAAGCAUUCAUGGGCAUACCCUAUGCCGAGCCACCUGUAGGGGCACUAAGAUUUCGUAACCCGAUCAUAAAGGCAAGAUGGUUUAACACCUAUGACGCUACUCAGUUCAAACCGGAUUGUAUCCAAAAAAAUCGUCUCGUACCUCAUCCAACAAUAUUCGGAGAUGAGGAUUGUCUUUAUUUAAACAUCUACAGACCAAAGGUUCGUUUGCGUCGCUUACCCGUAAUGAUCUAUAUACAUGGAGGAGGUUUCUUCAGUGGGUCAGCUGGUCCUUUAAUUACUGGACCAGAGUAUAUUAUGGACACAGAGUCUGUAAUCUUGGUCACAAUGUCUUAUCGUUUGGGAGCUUUGGGUUUUAUGUCCACUGGAGAUUACAAUAUGCCUGGUAAUUUUGGACUCAAAGAUCAGAAUUUGGUAUUUAAAUGGGUUCGCCGUAAUAUAGAGUCUUUCGAUGGCGAUAACAAAAAGGUUACCAUCUUUGGCCAGAGUGCUGGGGCCGUUGCCACCCACAUGCAUUUAAUAAAUCCCUACUCUAAGAAUCUCUUUCAUCGAGUGAUUAGCAUGAGUGGAACGGCCAACGCUCCUUUUGCCAUUACCAAAAAUCCUCUGGAACAAGCUCGCGAAACAGCGAAACUGUGUGUUAUUCAAAAUGCAGACACUUUAAGUACGGCCAAGCUUGCUGAGGCUCUAAGAAAUGUUAAUAUAGUAACGCUAAUCAAUGCCGGUGAUGGCCUUAAACAUUGGGAUGUAGAUCCCUCAUCCGUUUAUCGACCGGUGGUAGAACCUCCAUCAAUAGACGCGAUUAUACCAGCUGAUCCAGAAAAGAUGAUGAAAAGCAUAUACUUUCAGAAACGACCCUGGCUUCUAGGAACCGUUCCCCAGGAAGGAGCUGUGCGUGCCAUCAACAUUAUAGAAAAUCCCAUACUACGUCAAAAGUUCAAUGAGCGAUUUCAAUAUUUAUACCAGGAGUUAUUGGAAUGGCCCAAUCGGUUUACUCCAAGGCAAGCAAAGGAUAAAACCGAAAUAAUCGUAGAUGAAUACCUUGACGAUUAUUUUCGUAUUAAGAAUCGAACUGAGGCGGGGUUUUUGAACUCAAUCACCGACAGAGCUUUUAAGCAUCCUCUCUAUGAGGCCAUUUAUGAAUAUUGGAAAAUUCCAGGAGGCAAAUUUCCUCAUUUCAUGUACAGCUUUAACUAUAAAGGACCCUUUAGUUAUGCCACGUUUUUUACUAGAGCAAAUGUAACUGGAAAAUAUGGAGUUGUUCAUUGUGAUGAUUUGAUAUAUUUGUUCCGUAGUCCUAUUAUAUUUCCCGAUUUUGAUAAGACUUCCGUAGAGGCAAAAGUUAUUGAAAAAUUUGUGAAAUAUCUUGUAAAUUUUGCAACAUUUGGUUAUACAGUCGAUGUUCCACCGAUCGGCUUUUGUGGCACAGACGUUUUAGAUUCAAGACCCCAUGGCAUUUGUGAUUACCAUGAAUUUGUGAACAAUGACAGUAUUCCUGAGGGAUUUGAAGUGGUAGUAAAGUCCGAUUUUCCAACCGCAAAUGUUAAAUUAUGGCAAGAGUUAUUUUGCGGUUACGCCGUCGAGCCCAAUACUCGAAGUUGUCCCACCUUGUGUCGUACAAAAUUUGGAUUGUGUUUUCAAGUCAUGUUUACGGCACAUUUGAUUGUACUUUACCUUUGUCUCUACUUUGCAUUUAUUUCUGCGGCUGGCAAUGAGAGCUUAAUUGUGUGUCCGCCAAAAGUCGGUUGCCUUAGGGGAACUACAAUGAAUGGCUAUCAAAAGGGACCAUUUGAGGCAUUCAUGGGCAUACCCUAUGCCGAGCCACCUCUAGGAGCACUAAGAUUUCAGAGCCCAAAAAUAAAGGCAAGAUGGUUUAACACCUAUGACGCUACUAAGUUCAAAUCGGAUUGCAUCCAAAAAAAUUAUCUCUCACCUAAUCCAAUGCUAUUCGGAAACGAGAAUUGUCUCUAUUUAAACAUAUACAGACCAAAGGUUCGUUUGGGUCUUUUACCCGUAAUGAUUUAUAUACAAGGCUGGGGUUUCUUUAGCGGGUCAGCUAAUCCUAAAGUUAUUGGACCAGAAUACAUUAUGGACACACAAUCGGUAAUUUUGGUCACAAUGUCUUAUCGAUUGGGAGCUUUGGGUUUUAUGUCCACUGGAGAUUACAAUAUGCCUGGUAAUUUUGGACUCAAAGACCAGAGUUUGGUAUUUAAAUGGGUUCGCCAUAAUAUAGAGUCUUUCGAUGGCGAUAACAAAAAGGUUACCAUCUUUGGCCAUGAUGCUGGGGCCGUUGCCACCCAUAUGCAUUUAAUAAAUCCGUAUUCUAAGAAUCUCUUUCAUAGAGUGAUUAGCAUGAGUGGAACGGCCAACGUUCCUUUUGCCAUUACCAAAGAUCCUCUGGCACAAGCUCGCAAAACUGCAAACUUGUGCGAGAUCCCAAAUGCAGACACUUUAAGUACGGCCAAGCUAACUGAGGCUUUGAGAAAUGUCAACGCAAAAACAUUAAUCGACGCCGGUGGACAACUCCCAUCCAUUUAUCGACCGGUGGUAGAACCUCCAUCAAUAGACGCGAUCAUACCAGCGGCUCCAGAAAUUUUGAUGAAAAGUAUAUACUUUCAGAAACGACCUUGGCUACUAGGAACCGUCCCCCAAGAAGGAGCUGCUUAUGCUAUUAAAAUUAUAGAAAAUCUAAAAUUGCGUAAACAGUUCAAUCUCCGAUUUGAAUUGUUAUUGGAAGAGUUAUUGGAGUGGCCCAGUCGGUUUACUCCAAGGCAAGCUCAUGAAAAAACCGAAAUAGUUAUAUCUCAAUACUUUGACGGGAUUUCUCUUAUAAAAAACCAAACUGAGGCGGGGUUUUUGAACUCAAUCACUGACAGAGCUUAUAAGCAUCCUCUCUAUGAGGCCAUUUAUGAAUAUUGGAAAAUUCCAGGAGGCAAAUUUCCUCAUUUCAUGUACAGCUUUAACUAUAAAGGACCCUUUAGUUAUGCCUCGCGUUUUACUAGAGCAAAUGUGACUGGAAAAUAUGGAGUUGUUCAUGGUGAUGAUUUGAUAUAUUUGUUCCGUAGUCGUUAUUUAUUUCCCGAUUUUCAUAAGAGAUCCGUAGAGGCUAAGGUUAUAGAAAAAUUUGUGAAAUAUAUCGUAAAUUUUGCAACACUUGGUUAUACAGUCGAUGUUCCACCGAUCGGCUUUUGUGGCACAGACGUUUUAGAUUCAAGGCCCCAUGGCAUUUGUGAUUACCAUGAAUUUGUGAACAAUAACCACCUUCGUGAAGGAUUCGAAGUGGUAGUAAAAUCCGAUUUUCCAACAGAGAAAGUAAAACUAUGGCAAGAGUUGUUAGACUAGACUACAGGAAAGUUAUUAGGCUGUCGAUGCACAAACAUUACAUCAAGCUUAAUAAAUUGUUUCAAGAAUGCCAUGAGCUAAUAUUUUUUUUAAACACGGAAGCUCAUUAACAAAAUCUCGAUUUCAUGCAGAAUUUGUAAUUUCAUGUCGUAACAAAAAGCAAUAAAUUAAUUACUUGCUAUUUAAGCCUAA